GCAUUUGCGGUAGCAUUUGGAAGCCCGUGGUGAAAAGAGACCUCAAAAGAGACGUUAAAUCACACUAGGCGACCGGGAUCCUAGCUUCCUCUUGAAGGGGCCCCUGUGACGUGCGUUGGUGCGGAUCCGCUGGCUCAUUGUGAUCAGCUCUUACCAGCUGUCGCCUUUGUCCUAGCUGAGGCUUAGGUCUGCCCUUCUGGAUCGGGCUUAGAGACCCUUGGCGGGGGCGGGGUCUACUCACUCCACAGUCAGAGCCUCAGUCUAUGACAGUGCGUCUGGUUUCCGGAGCGCUGCCCAUUUUCCAGGUGCUGCGAACCCGUUUGAUCUUUCCAGCGGUGACCCGAAGGGACAGGGAGGCCUAUUUUUAACUGUGUUUAGAUAGGGGAACGGCCUGUUAAGAGCUGCCUCUUGUGCAAGGUGCAAGGCUGGUGGGAGAACAGGGACCCUGAUGUCUACCUGGUGUCUGUCUACCAGGCUUGGGAACACUCAUCUGUCCCCGCCCCCAUUUCUAUGUAGGGUUAGGUGGUGGGUAUAAAAGCAAGGUGGUAGUAGGGGGGAGUUUCUGCCCUAGCCCUGCCCCUCUGACCUCCUUCCUCUUUCCUAGGUGAUGUCGGGGAGUAGUGACUGCCUCAGCCACUACUAACGGGUUAGACUGGUUUGGGUGGCAGAGCAGAUUGUGGGGGUUAGGGAGGUAGGGCAGAGUCUGGCUACCUAGACAGAGCUCUGUAGCAGUUCUGCUGGCUAGACCUUAACCGCCCAAGCGGAGCCCGGUAUCCUGCUGCCAACUUUGUGCCUGUAUCUGUCUUCUCGCCACUGCCCUCGGGGUAUGUAACGGCCAUGCCUGUGGAUACGCUGAGCCCCGGAGCCCCCGCCACUCCCGCCCUACCUUUUCGCCUGAGAACCAAGGUUCCCGGCUACCUGCUACCAAGGCCAGCAGACGGGGGAGCCAGGAAACCGAGUGCUGUGGAACGCCUGGAGGCUGAUAAGGCUAAGUACGUCAAGAGCCUGCGUGUGGCCAACACCCGCCAAGAGCCGGUGCAGCCCCCGCUGGUCAGACAGCCCCUCUUCAGCCCUGGUCCUCGCGGCCCAGUGCUCACACCCAGUCGCCGAGUCCUGCCCUGUUCUGGCCGCCGGCCCCAACUGGACCUCGACAUCCUUAGCAGCCUCAUCAACUUGUGUGAUAGUCCUGUGUCCCCAUCUGAGGCCAGCCGAACACCUGGAAGGCCAGAAGGAUCUGCCCACAAGGUCCCACCAGCCACCCCUCCUCGUCCGCCACCCAGUACUGUCGCGGUGCGCCGAGUGGACGUUCGUCCCUUGCCUGCUUCACCUGCUCGGCCCUAUCCAUCACCUGGCACCACUACCACUUCCAGCCCCGGCCGGCCCCCUGGCCUGCAGCGGUCCAAGUCGGACUUGAGUGAGCGCUUUUCCAGGGCAGCAGCCGAUCUUGAGCGCUUUUUUAACUUCUGUGGCCUGGACCCAGAGGAAGCGCGAGGAUUGGGGGUGGCCCACUUAGCAAGGGCCAGCUCGGACAUCGUGUCUCUAGCCGGGCCAAGUGCUGGACCUUGCAGCUCUGAAGGGGGCUGCUCACGCCGCAGCUCUGCUACAGUGGAAGAGCGGUCCCUGGAUCGUGUCCCCUAUGGGGUGUCUGUGAUCGAGCGAAACGCUCGUGUGAUCAAGUGGCUAUAUGGGUUGCGGCAGGCUCGUGACCCUCCCACCACUGAGGGUUAGGCCUCCUGGACUGGGGUUUCCCGGGAAGACAUCGUGAAGAGACAGUUGGCACUUUGUCCUUUCCUGUAUCCAUUGGCUGCCUUCCUGCAGACCCAGAGACUCUUGGGUGAAUUUAAUGUAGAGGCCAAGACUUAGACCAGCAUCCUCUGGCAAGCAAGGACUGACCCACAGAAGUUUGCUGUUGCCCUUGGCCUACCCCACCCCCUAACAAAGUUUGCGACACAAGUGUGCUUCUGCCUGUUUCCUCCGGUGACACUGGAUUUGGGUCGCGUACCCUCCACUGAGUUGGGGAUCAAGUGCUUUGCCAAGUCUGUCUGCCCCAGGCCCUAUUUCCUUCUUCCCUGUCUGUCCUCUUUUGCUGACUUCCUCUUCCUUACCCAGAGGGCCCUUGCUUCCUGGGAACUCACCCCGGGGAGGAGGUUGAGAGGAUGGGGCCUGUCUGCUGGUCUUCCUGGUCUUUGGCAGUUGGCCUAGGUGGGUAGACUUGUAGGAGGGACUGGUUAGGAGCCUGGUGCUCUGAAGUCUCUGUGGCUAAUAAACACAAAUGUUCGUUUUCUCAA